AUGGCUCCUUCUUUCGAUCACCUUCGUGAGGCCGACCUCGACGAGGAGGAAUUUGAUGAGGAUGAGAUUGAUAUUUCCGACCUUCGCGAACGAUAUGAGGUUCAACUCGAGCAGGGCUACGACACCUUCGUCGUCAUCGACGGCCUGCCGGCAGUCACCGAGGAGCAGAAGCCUAGGCUUAUCAAGUUCCUGAUGAAGAAGUUCAACGCAGUGGGGACGGCGAGGGAGGAUUCCAUUUUUAUGCCUUUUGGAGAUGAUGGAAAGUCUCUAAGAUUUGCCUUUGUCGAAUUUUCCACUGCCAGUGAAGCCGCCGCCGCCGUUAGGCAACUCGACCAAGCGCCUCUCGACAAGAAGCACACCCUCCGAGUCAACAAGCUUACCGAUAUCGAGCGGUACGGACGUGAGGGCAGGAUAGACGAUAACUUCGUUCCCCCCGAGAUCGAGGAGUUCACUCCCAAGGAGCACCUCAAAUCCUUCCUCAAGGACCCUAGCGGCCGCGGUCGUGACCAGUUCGUCAUGUACAGGGGCGAUAAUGUUGGCGUCUUCUGGAACAACGAGAAGGACACGCCAGAGAACGUCGUGGACAGGAACCACUGGACGGAGACCUUCGUGCAGUGGUCUCCCAUGGGCACCUAUCUUACUUCGGUCCACCAGCAAGGUGUCCAGCUCUGGGGCGGCCCGUCCUGGAAGAGUCUCCAAAAACUCCCCCAUCCCUUCGUCAACCUCGUUGCCUUCUCACCCAACGAGAACUACAUUGUCACCUGGUCCGCCCGCCCCAUCUCCGUCCCCGACGAGGGCCAUCCCGUCCUCAGCCUCGACGAUGAUGGCAAGAACUACGUGAUCUGGGACGUCGUCACUGGAAAGCCCCUCCGUUCGUUCGCCAACCUCGACACCGCGGGCGGCGACGACCACGGCGCUGCCAAGCAGAGGAAAUUCCCCUGGCCUGCCUUCAAGUGGUCGGCCGACGACAAGUACGUGGCCCGUCUCAACCAGGGCUCGUCCAUCUCCGUCUACGAACUCCCGCGCAUGAACCUCCUGGAUAGGACGACGAUCAAGAUCGACGGUGUCAUGGACUUUGACUGGGCGCCCUCCACCCCUCGCCGCGACGGCGUCAAGCAGUACGAGCAGCUCUUCUGCUACUGGACGCCCGAAAUCGGCAGCAACCCCGCCAAGGUCGGUCUCAUGAGCAUCCCCUCCAAGGAGAUUGUGCGCACCCUCAACCUCUUCAACGUCUCCGAUGUGAAGCUGCACUGGCAAUCGGACGCCACCUACCUCUGCGUCAAGGUAGACCGUCACUCCAAGUCCAAGAAGUCGCAGAACACCACGCUCGAGAUCUUCCGCGUCAAGGAGAAGGGCGUCCCCGUCGAGGUCGUCGACACCAUCAAGGACACCGUCAUCAACUUCGCCUGGGAGCCCAAGGGUGACAGGUUCGUCAUCAUCACGACGACGGAACCCCCCGGCCCCACAGCGGUGCCCCCCAAGACUUCGGUCGCCUUCUUCUGCCCCGAGAAGAACAAGGGUCCCACGGCGGGCAACUUUAAGCACCUCAGGACGCUGGACAAGAAGAACAGCAACGCCAUCUACUGGUCGCCCAAGGGUCGGUUUGUGGUCAUUGCCACGGUGCACAACCAGCAGAGCUCCGACCUUGACUUCUUCGACCUUGAUUUCGAGGGUGAGAAGCCCGAGGCGGAGAAGGACCUCACGGCUAACCUGCAACUCAUGAACACUGCCGAUCACUACGGUGUCACGGACGUCGAGUGGGAUCCCUCGGGCCGCUUCGUCGCCACCUGGGCGUCGGCCUGGAAGCAUGCGAUGGAAAACGGAUACCACAUCUACGACUUCAAGGGCGAGCAACUCCGCGAAGAAGGUCUCGAAAAGUUCAAGCAAUUCGCCUGGCGCCCCCGCCCCCCCACGCUCCUCACUAAAGAAGAGCAGAAGCAGAUCCGCAAGAACCUCCGCGAGUACAGCCGCGUGUUCGAGCAAGAAGACGCCGACCGCGGCGCGUCGGCCGACCUCGCCGUCGUCGAGGCGCGCCGCCGUCUCCUGGACGAGUGGCACGCCUGGCGCGAGCAGAUCGAGGCCGAGGUCAAGGAGGAGCGCGAGGCCUACGGCCUGCCUCAGGAUCCUGUGGCGGAGCUUCUGAAGGCCAAGGCGGCGUCUUUGGAGGGCCCUCAAGAGGAGACGUUGGUGGAGGAGAUUGUGGAGGAGGUGUUGGAGGAGAGCGAAGAGAUCAUCAGCUAA